AGGAGCGGCGCAGACCCCGGUGCUUCACGUGAAUCUGUCGGCACAACGUUCAGGUAAAGUAGCCGUUAAUUUAACCACUUUAACGGCGAGCUUGAAUUUACAACCGGACCGCUGCGCCUCCUCCGCCGCGCGGUGAAUUAACGUCAGAACACCGGGACGCUGGCUGAGUGAGCCGCGUUACCGCCGUCCAGGAGGGACCAGCCGUCCUCUUUUGUCUCCCGCUGCUCGCCGUCCGUCCGCGGCCAGGCAGCUUCAGUCCGGGGGAGACGAGCGCGAGGAGGUCCCGGUAACGUGUACGGGCUCGCAGCGCGAGGAGGAGCCGGUAACGGGGACGCGCAGCGUUGGAUAUCUAUUCUCCCCAAAGCCUCGCGCGGUCCAUCAAGCAGGGGGGGGCGUGGUCAUCUCCAGGGACCCCACGAUGGAGGUCUGGUGACACGCCGGUGACCGCAGCCGGUAAUGGCCGCAGCCCGCCGCUUCAGUCGUGGCCGCCCGACUCGCCCCGUGAGCUGAAGAGGAGGGCGAGACGACCUGACCGCCGGCUGCCCGGGCUCCACCCUUCCUGACCUCCGCCCCUCCUCCCCCUGCUGCGCCGACCGGCGAUGGGUCUCCUGUGGGUGCUGUCGGCGGCCAUGUUGGCGGCGUGCGGCGCCAUCCCCGUGGAUCUUUGGGCGGAGAGCCACAGCCUGUUCACCUGUGAGCCCGUCACCCUGCGCAUGUGCCAAGGGUUAAACUACAACGCCACCUACAUGCCCAACGCCCUGAACCACUACGACCAGCAGACGGCCGCGCUCGCCAUGGAGCCGUUCCACCCCCUGGUGAACCUGCGCUGCUCCCCGGAGCUCCGCGGCUUCCUGUGCGCGCUCUACGCUCCGGUGUGCACCGAGUACGGCCGCGUGGCGCUGCCCUGCCGCCGCCUCUGCCUGCGCGCCAAGAGCGACUGCUACAAGCUCAUGGACAUGUUCGGGGUCAGCUGGCCGCAGGAGAUGGACUGCAACAGGUUCCCGGACUGUGACGAGCCCUACCCCCGACCCGUGGACCUCCUGUCCGGCUCGGCGGCGCCGGACUCCCCCGUCUCCGUCCAGCGGGACUACGGCUUCUGGUGCCCCCGGGAGCUGAAGAUGGACCCCGAGCUGGGCUACUCCUUCAUGGGGGUCCGCGACUGCUCGCCGCCCUGCGCCAACAUGUACUUCACGCGCGAGGAGCUGCGCUUCGCCCGCUACUUCAUCGGGGUGGUGGCCAUCGUCUGCCUGUCCGCCACCCUCUUCACCUUCCUCACCUUCCUCAUCGACGUGUCGCGCUUCCGCUACCCGGAGCGGCCCAUCAUCUUCUACGCCGUGUGCUACAUGAUGGUGUCGCUGGUGUUCUUCCUGGGCUUCCUGCUGGAGGACACGGUGGCCUGCAACGCGCCGAGCGCCGGGGGGUUCAGGGCCUCCACGGUGACCCAGGGCUCCCACAACAAAGCCUGCACCCUCCUCUUCAUGGUGCUGUACUUCUUCACCAUGGCCGGCAGCGCGUGGUGGGUCGUCCUCACCAUCACCUGGUUCCUGGCGGCCGUCCCCAAGUGGGGCAGCGAGGCCAUCGAGAAGAAGGCGCUCCUGUUCCACGCCGGCGCCUGGGGGAUCCCCGGGGUGCUGACGGUCGCCCUGCUCGCCAUGAACCAGAUCGAGGGCGACAGCGUGAGCGGCGUCUGCUUCGUGGGCCUCUACGACCUCACGGCGCUGCGCUGGUUCCUGCUGGCGCCGCUGGGCCUGGACGUCGUGGUCGGCAUGGCUCUGCUGCUGGCGGGCAUCACGGCCCUGAACCGGGUCCGCGUGGAGAUCCCGCUGGAGAAGGAGAACCAGGAGAAGCUCGUGAAGUUCAUGAUCCGCAUCGCCGUGUUCUCGGCGCUGUCCCUGCUCCCCCUGCUGGCCGUGCUGGGCUGCUACCUGUACGAGAACAGCCACCGCGCCGCCUGGGAGACCACCUGGGUCCAGGAGAGGUGCCGGGACUACCACAUCCCCUGCCCCUACCAGGUGGAGGCGAGCAGCCGGCCCGACCUGGCCGUGUUCCUGGUGAAGUACGUGAUGAUGCUGGUGGUCGGGAUCCCGUCGGUGUUCUGGAUCGGCAGCAAGAAGACGUGCAAGGAAUGGGCCGGGUUCCUCCAGGGCCACAGACACAAGGAUGCGAUGGUCAACAAGAGCCGCCCGGUGCUCCAGGAGCCCGACUUCGCCCAUCUGCUGCUCCGGGACCCCACCCUGCCCGUGGUGAGGAAGUCUCGGGGCACCUCCACCCAGGGCACCUCCACCCAGGGCACCUCCACCCGCGCCUCCUCCACCCACCUGGCCAUGUUGGACGAGCCGCCCAGCGCCAGCACCAGCCGGGCCGGCUCGGUCCGCAGCGCGCGCUCCAAGAUGAGCAGCUUCCACGGCAGCCUGCGGCGGCCCCGGGACGACAGGUACACGGCCUCCUCCAGUUUCCGGGCCGCAGACGACCGGCCGCUGUACGGCAGCUCGUCUCGCCUCCACGACCCGCCGACCCGGCGCGGCAGCACCGGCCAGCUGGACGGCUCGGUCCAGUCGCGGCACAGCAGCACCAGAGACCUCGCCGGCACCGCCCACGGGAACGGGAUCCACCGGGUCCGGGAGCAGGACGGCGGCACCGCCUGAAGAGGAGACUCCUCUUCCUCUUUCGCAGAGGAGCGACCCGACGGCGUCGCGCCGCCUGACCCAGAACAAUGUUUACAGAACUCAGCGAUGGGUCGUCUGGUCCUGAUGAGGCCCGUGGACCUGGAGCCAGUAGAGCACGUGGACCAGGAGAGACGGGGACACUAAGCUCCGCCCCCUUCUAGGCUGCUCGUUAGCACUUGGUCGGCUUGUUUUUUUAUUUUCUGGCUACAUUUUAAACAUCUCAACCUGCUGAAAACGGAUUUAUUCACACCGGAUGUGAAACUUCACUUGAAGAGAAGGAUAGAAGAAGAGACGCUGAAUGACUCCUGAACUUCACAGCGUGUCGUUUAAACGCUGCCUUAUGACUGUUAGAGCGCUAAGCUCAUGCUGCCUCAGAGGUCAGAGGUCACUCCUUUACCUGGUAGUGUGUGUAGCUCCUGUAACUGUAGACUCUUGUAAUAAAGUGUUUAAGGACCACACAGACACGGUG